UGGCGGUGGCGGCUGGGUUGAAUUACUCGUCUCGUCAAAGUCUUGCCCUAACUAACCUGCUUCUCGCAUGGCCGACGCGUCCCCCAAGUUCCACCCCCCCGACCUUCUCCCUCCGGCAGCAGCCGCCGCCGCUGACCUCGCUACCGCCCAUGAUGGACUUGCCUUUUGGCAGUACAUGGCAGCCGGAUCCGUCGCCGGACUGGUGGAGCACACAGCCAUGUUCCCCGUCGAUACCCUCAAGACCCGCAUACAGACCCACAGUAUCCCCUGUCACCCGCCUCCCGGCCUUCGCCACGCUUUACGCUCCCUCAUCCGCGUUGACGGCUUCUUCGGUCUCUACCGCGGCAUCGGUGCUAUGGGACUUGGCGCCGGACCUGCCCACGCUGCCUACUUCUCCGUCUACGAGAUCUCCAAGCGCCUUCUUCUCACCGAAGACCAUCCGAACAACCCUGCCGCCCACGCCACCGCCGGCGUUCUCGCCACGGUCGCAAGCGAUGCUGUUUUCACUCCAAUGGACACCGUUAAGCAGCGUCUGCAGAUGGGAAGCAGCCCAUACAAGGGGGUCGUCGAUUGCGUGCGAAGGGUCUUGAAGGAGGAGGGCUUCCGGGCGUUCUAUGUGUCUUACCGUACGACGGUGCUGAUGAAUGCACCAUUCACGGCUGUGCAUUUUGCGACAUACGAGGCUGCGAAGAGGGGGCUGAUGGAAAUCUCUCCUGAGAACUCGGAUGAUGAGAAGUUGCUUUUGCAUGCCACGGCAGGGGCAGCGGCUGGGGCGCUGGCGGCAGCUUUGACUACACCGUUAGAUGUGGUAAAAACGCAGCUGCAGUGCCAGGGUGUUUGCGGCUGUGAGAAGUUUUCCAGCAGCUCCAUAACAGAGGUUAUUCAAGCCAUCAUCAAGCGUGAUGGCUAUACUGGGCUUUUGAGAGGAUGGAAACCCAGAAUGCUCUUCCAUGCACCUGCUGCUGCUAUUUGUUGGUCUACAUACGAAGCUUCCAAAUCCUUUUUCAAGGACCUUAAUGACAGAAAGGCAUAAACUUUUUCCUAUUCGUUAGAACAUUUCAUUGAAACCGACAGUUUUACAUAGUUGCAUUCAAACGGAAACAAACUUCUCAAGGAGGAAUCUAACUUUAAUUCAGGUUCUUUAUUUAAGCUUCGUUUGGGACGGUUUUUUUACUGCUUCUUAAAGCAGCUUUAGCCAGCAAAAACUUCUUCGAAAGCAUUAAAUACCACUUCUACUAUUUAUUUAACUUUUCCCCUGAUUGUUGUAACCAUCCUAAAUAAGCUGAGGCGAGGAAUUGUGUUUUUGUACCCCCUUAUGUAUGGAGCAAAUAGGAAAUACAGGAGAUGCAUUACAGAUAUAAUAGUCAUUGUAAGAGAGAUUGUACCCGGACAGUUCUAGUUUGUUUUUCUGUAAUUUUGUAGUCUGCUGUGGUGUUCCUUUCACCACCUUAUAGUGUCAUAUUUCUAGUUCCAUGAAGCUAGUAAUAAGUAAUAUUCCAUAUGAUAUAUUGAACCACUUUAUGUUAGAUUACACUCUUGUAUUUAUUUCAUGAACAAUUUGGCUAUUUUGUUACAAAGUUAUCAUAUGCAGGGAAUGCCCUUUUUGCUGUAAA